CGGAGAAACCCGCACAGGUCUGUGCCAGGAGUGCAGGGCUUCCCAGAACUGAAAACUUGAGCGCUCCUGGGUGGAGCCGCCUGUGCUCCAGAUUUCAGUCCUCCAACUUUUAACUCCGGACGGGAGCUCCUCCCAUCCCGGGCGGUGCCCACCUGAAACCUUAACUUUUCCUUUCUUCUUACUAUUCUGAUCUUCCUCCCCCAACCCUCCCUCCCCCGGAAUCGUCUGGGUUUUGUUUGUUUAUUUGUUUGUUUGUUUCCUUCAAUAAUUCUCUGAGUCGCUUGUUCUCUUUAAUCAAGCUCACCGCACCCUCCCUCCCUGUCUGGUGUCACAGUUGUGGACCAGGAGGUAUUCAGUCUCACCUGCUAGGCGAAUUCUGCUUCCCAGAAGUAAGUGAAGGAGGAACCACUGCCCCGCCCUGUCUGUGGGCCACAUCUCUGAAGAGAUACCAUUCGAAGCAGAAGCCUGAACAUGCGUCACGACGAAUUAACCUUGGCACUCUGCGUUCUCAUUGUUGAAAGUGUCUCAAAAAGUUGUAUUCACCGAUCGCAAAUUCACGUGGUAGAGGGAGAACCUUUUUAUCUGAAGCCCUGUGACAUAUCUGCACCCGUGCACAAGAAUGAAACAGCCACCAUGAGAUGGUUCAAAGGCAAUGCUUUCCAUGAGUAUAGAGAGCUGAACACCAGGAGCUCUCCCAGAAUUGCUUUUCGUGGUCACGCUUUGGAAUUCUGGCCAGUUGAGCUGGACGACGAGGGAACGUACUUUUCUCAAGUGGGAAAUGAUCGUCGAAAUUGGACCUUAAAUGUCACCAAAAGAAACAAACACAGCUGUUUCUCUGAAAAACUUGUGACAAGCAGAGAUGUUGAAGUUAAGAAAUCUCUGCGUAUAAUAUGUGAAAAUCCUAACUAUGAAGAGCUGAUCACCCACACAUCACUGUAUAAGAACUGUAAAGAAAUAUCCAAAACCCCAAUGAUCCUGAAGGAUGCCGAAUUUGGAGAUGAGGGUUAUUACUCCUGCGUGUUUUCUAUCCACCAUAACGGGAAACAGUACAACAUCACCAAGACUGUCAAUAUAACAGUUAUUGAAGGGGAGAGUAAAAUCACACCAGCUAUUUUUGGAUCAAAGUCUGAGAAGGUUGGUGUAGAGCUAGGAAAAUAUGUAGAGCUGAACUGCAGUGCUGUACUGAAUAAAAAUGACCUGUUUUACUGGAGCGUCAGGAAAGAGGACAUCUCAGACCCUAACGUGCAAGAAGAUAGGAAGAAGACAACAUGGACUUACGAAGGCAAACUUCAUGCUUCAAGAAUACUGAGAUUUCAGAAAAUUACUGAAAACUAUCUCAAUGUUUUAUAUAAUUGCACUGUGACCAAUGAAGAAGCCACAGACACCAAAAGCUUCAUCUUAGUGAGAAAAGAAACACCUGAUAUCCCAGGCCAUGUCUUUACGAGAGGAAUAACCGUGAUUGUCCUCACCUCUGUGGCAGCAGUGUGCAUGGUGAUUUUGUGCGUCAUUUACAAAGUUGACUUGGUUCUGUUCUAUAGACGCAUAGCAGAAAGAGAUGAGACACUAACAGAUGGUAAAACAUAUGAUGCCUUUGUGUCUUACCUGAAAGAGUGUCAUCCUGAGAAUGGAGAAGAGUACACUUUUGCUGUGGAGACAUUACCCAAGGUCCUGGAGCAACAGUUUGGGUAUAAGUUAUGCAUAUUUGAAAGAGACGUGGUGCCUGGUGGAGCUGUUGUUGAUGAGAUCCAUUCCCUGAUAGAGAAAAGCCGGAGGCUGAUCAUUGUCCUCAGCAGGAGCUACCUGACUCAUGGAACCAGGCGUGAACUCGAGAGUGGCCUCCACAAAGCACUGGUGGAGAGGAAGAUUAAAAUAAUCUUAAUUGAGUUUACUCCAGCCAGCAACAUCACCUUUCUCCCCCCAUCGCUGAAACUCCUGAAGUCCUACAGAGUUCUGAAAUGGAAGGCCAACAGUCCACUGUCUUCCAACUCACGCUUCUGGAAGAAUCUUCUUUACCUGAUGCCCGCAAAAGCCGUCAAGCCAUGGAGAGAGGAAUCGGAGGCGCGGCCUGUUCUCUCAGCACCUUGAGCUCCAGACAGGAUGUCAAAAGUGAAGCCCUGCUAGAGGUCAUGUGUGUGCCGAUUCACAGCGGUGGCUGUGGUUCAAAAGACUGAAUUUUCUGACUCUGUCCCACCUCCAGGUAUGACAUCUGUCAUUGGGUCAUCACAGAUGAAACAGAACCUUGACUGUGAUCCUGAACUCCCAGAAGACCUUGGGAUUCACAAGAAAUCAGUUUGUAUUCUUCCUUCCUGUAGAGCAGUGGUUCUCAACCUGUGGGCUGUGGCCCCUUUGGCAAACCUCUGUCUCCAAUAAGAUUCACGCUAUGAUUCAUAACAGAAGCCAAAUCACAGUUAUGAAGUAGCAAUGACAAUAAUUUUAUAGUUGGGGGUCACCACAACGUGAAGAACUGUAUUAAAGGGUUGAAGCAUUAGGAAGGUCGAAAACCACUGCCCUAGAACUGUCUGCACACUGUCCCACUCAGCAAAGAUGGAGGUAGACAGGCAAACUGAUUUAUGCCCCCAAAUAAGGCACCUCUUCAGGAUUUUUCAACUCACAAUGGAUGCCAAUAGAUUUUUCAUGCUCAGAGGCAUUUCCAGUC